AUGGGCCAGAGAACUAUUUUGAUGGGUGAAGGAGAGGAGAGGCGUGUCCAGUGUGGGGUGGAAGAUGGGCCAGAGAACUGUAAAUUUCUGUGCGGAGAGUUUUGCUCCUCCAGUGGAGGCUGGUUGAUUGUCGAUACAGAAGCCUUGCAGGCAGUGUUGGAUGGCGGUGGUAGCGGUUCCAAUCCAUCCCUGGCCGUGGACGUUAUUGGGGAGGUGUGGGGCUUUGGAUGCUUUAUGGGGCCAAUUAUGGGCAUGGACUACCGCCACCUGCAAGUCUUUCUUCAUACAGACAUGCUCGCUGAUCGGAUAAGUACAGGCAUAAGUGUCAAUGUCGCCCUGGGGAAGACAGCGUUCCAAACUAGCAACUAUCAGGACGGGGCUGCCAGUCGUGCCGUGGACGGGAACACCGCUACUAACUGGCUCGAUGGUUCCUGUACACACACUCGGGACUCGGGAGAGGAUAACCCAACCUGGUGGGUGGAUCUCGGCCAAUCGUAUGGGAUUGACAGGUUGGUCAUCUUUAACCGCCAGGACUGUUGCGCUGAACGACUGAACCCCUUCAACAUCCACAUCGGGGAUUCUGACCAGGUCAGCAUGAACCCAAAGUGUGGAGGUGACCAUCACAUCGACGUGAUCCAGCCGUCCAUUUCCGUCUCCUGUCAGGGGAUGGAGGGACGUUAUGUGGGCGUUCGUCUUCCCGGAAACUCCCGAAAACUGACCCUGUGCGAAGUCCAAGUGCUUUCUGGUGCCAAUGUCGCCCUGGGGAAGACAGCGUUCCAAACUAGCAGCUUUCCGGACGGGGCUGCCAGUCGUGCCGUGGACGGGAACACCGCUACCCACUGGCUCGAUGGUUCCUGUACGCACACUCGGGACACGGGAGAGGAUAACCCAACCUGGUGGGUGGAUCUCGGCCAAUCGUACGUGAUUGACAGGUACAGCAUAUCUCCAGAUCCAUUAUGUACAAAUGUAGCACUAAUGCGAACUUCAUUUCUUUUUUAAAAGCAGUAGAACACCAGUAAUGAAUGGCUUUGAUGAU